AUGCAAAGAGAACUUGAUAGUUUAAGAAAAGUUGAAAAGACAUAUGCUGUAAAAACUCGCGAGUUGGAACUUGACAAUGAUGAUUUAGAAAGAACAGAAAGAGCUGCAAAAAGUUCAUUGCAAGAUUUAGAAAACAAAUAUAAUAAAGCAAUAGAGCGUAAUGCAAUCUUAGAAAAUGAAUUAGAAGGAAAAAAUAUAUUAAUUGUCCAAAGUUUGGAAGCACGUUUAGUAUCAUGUCGUUCACUAGUUACACCUUUAUUAGCACCACCCCCAUCAUAUAGUACAACAAUGCCAUUACAAAAUGGUAUAAAUUCACCCCCAUUAUCACCAAAAAUUUCACGUUUUGAUUCACCUUACAUCACAUCUCUGAAAGAAAAAAGACGUAAUUCUGUUCAAAAAUCAAAAUUUAAUAUUUCACCUACUCCAACUAAAUUAAGCUCAUUUGGCAGGGUUUAA